CCAACCAUAACAUUAGUUGAAAAGUCCUCACCGGACCUAACCUCACAAAUUCUAUUUCAAAUUCAAAUGAACAAUAACAUGGAAUAAAUAUUGCUUUGAUCAUGGAUAGCAGGGUAUCAGUGAAAUAUAAAAAUCCUAAUCCAUUAUUUGUGAAAUGGAUAGAAGAAUGGAGAGAUGGGGCAAAAAAGAAAAAUUCAAAAAGUGCACAUGCUUAUUCUUUGGCUCUCGCUUCUUUGCGAAAAUAUCCCCUGCCUCUGGAAAGUGGGAAAGAUUGCAAGAUUUUGAAAGGUUUUGGCAACAAACUAUGUGAUAUGUUAGAUGAAUCUUUAAUGAACCACAAAAGUAAAUCAGGCAAUCCUGAUGUACAAAUUUCUAAAACUCCUAAAAAAAGAAAAUCCACAACUUCUAAAAACAUACAACAUAAUCCUGUAAAUGAUGAUAAAUAUAUCCCUACAUAUAGAUCUGGAGCUUAUGCAAUUUUAGUAGCUUUGUAUAAAAAAUCAUUGGACAGUGAUUAUGAAGGUUUCAUGUUAAAAAAAGACCUGAUCAAAGAAGCACAACCUCAUUGUGAUAAUUCUUUCACCAAAGCCGAAGUUGGCAGUUUUUACACAUCGUGGAAUUCAAUGAAAACGCUAAUCAGUAAAAAAUUAGUUGAGAAACACGGUAACCCUGCCAAAUUUUCAUUAACACCUGAAGGAAUUAUUUUAGGAUGUAAAUUAUAUAACAGAACUGAAUCAAUGGAUAAUUCAGUUAACACAUCAGGAGAAAUUUUCUCUAAACCAACUACUAGCUGUACUGAAUGUGUUGUUCUUAGCGAUUCAGAUGAUGAAAAAAUUGACAAAAUGAACUGUAUUGUAUCUGAACAGGUUCCUCCAAUCAGUAAUGAAUUGAAGGAAAUUUGUGGUGUGUUUUCAGGAGUAGAUAAUAUCAACAAAAAUAAAAAGGAAAAACAUAUGGCAGAAUCAAAAGGUGAAAAAUUAGGAACGAAAUCAACUGCAGUCAAAGAAAAGAAAGCCACCAAAGAUAAAAAUAAAGUUAGUGAAGUGUUAGAACAUGAAGAUUUCAUAAUGUCACCAUAUUCAUUUGAGAUUUUAUUAUUUGUAGAUACUCAAGAAACUGGCGGUAAACAAAUAGAUCCAAAAAGUAAUGCAAUUUCGAGUGAAUUGGAACGUUUGGAUAUUAAGUACGAAGUGAGAAAUCUGAAAGUGGGGGAUUACUGCUGGAUCUGUCGGCAUAAGAUUUCUGGAAAAGAAUUGAUUGCCCCAUACAUUGUAGAAAGAAAGAGAAUGGAUGAUUUAGCUAGUAGUAUCAAAGACGGAAGAUUUCACGAGCAAAAAUUUCGAAUUAAACAAUGCGGCUUAAAGAAUAUGAUCUACAUGAUAGAAAGUUAUGGUACAAAAGAUCAACAUGUGGGAUUACCUCUCAGUUCUUGUAACCAAGCAAUAGUAAAUACGUUGAUACAAGAUGGGUUUGUUGUAAAAAUUGUAGAUGGAGUCAGAGGUCUCGCAGAAUAUUUGUCUUGUAUGACUAAUCUUAUCAAGAAACAUUAUGAGGAGAAAACCAUUGUGAGUUGUCCAAAGGAAAAUAUAAGUGAUAUUUCUAUAACUGAUGAUCUAGUACCCUUAAUGUUUUUCUUAGAUUUCAACAAGCAUUCAUCGAAAACCAAGACUUUCACAGUGAAGGAAAUGUUUAUCCGACAGUUGUUGCAAAUAAAAGGACUUUCUGUGGAAAAAGCAUUAGCAAUUGUACAGGAAUAUCCAACUCUUAAAAUAUUGAAGGAUAUGAUAAGUGAGAAUGAAAAGAAGAGUGUGAAUAUCCUGUCCAACAUAAAAUAUGGCAAACUAGGCAAAAAAAUUGGUCCUGUACUGGGUGAAACCUUAUACAUGUUAUAUACAAAAAUAUCUUUUUGAUCAAAUAUUUCUUUGUGAUGGGGUGCUAUUUACUUAAUUUUAUUGAUUAUUUAUUACAAUUUUUUCAUUAC